AUGUCUGACAGGUCCAUCAAUCUCGUGGACGACGUGAAGGAGCCCCGACUUCUGACGUCACGGUCCAUUGAGACGGUGUCUGGUCUGACGGCUGGUUUCAUCGCGACGCUCAUCUCGCAUCCGCUCGACUUCUUCAAGCUCCGAUUGCAGCUGGACACCACAACCAAGAGCCAGCUAGAGAGCUUCCGGGCGAUCAGAAACAAACUACUGGAGGAUUCCAGGACCAACGGAAAGCUCGAACAGUCCCAGCUUGUCCGGAACCUCUAUCGCGGAGUCGGGCCGAACCUGCUAGGGAGCACCACUGCUUGGGGCCUGUAUUUCAGCUUCUACAGAGAGUACAAAAAUAUGUUUUUCAGCAUGUAUGUUGGCGGCCCCGGCGACGCAGAUCGGUCACUGAGCUCGUCGCAGUACCUGCUGUGCGCAUUUGCUGCCGGAUGGACCACGUCGUUCUUCACCAACCCGAUCUGGGUUAUCAAGACGAGAAUGAUCUCGACGUCGCGCACGACGCCGGGCGCCUACAUGUCGAUAGUGGACGGGUUCAAGCAGAUAUACCGCCACGAGGGGGUAUUUGGAUUCUAUAAAGGGCUGUCACCGGCUCUGCUGAGCGUCUCGCAGGGUGCUCUGCAAUUUUCGAUCUACGACACGAUGAAACGCCAUAUUCUCACGACGUCGUCGCACAUGAGCGCCGCACAGUACCUGUACGCGAGCGCGGUGUCGAAAAUGGUGUCGACGGUAGUUUUUUACCCGCUCCAGGUGGUGCGAUCGCGACUCCAGAUCAACAGAGGACGAUACGAACAUGAAAUGGGCUCUCCGGGACAUUUAUAUAUGAUGGCCACGUCGUGUGCCUCUGCUAAAAUUAUUCGAGCUGAUUUUUUGUUUAAGGUCGAAUCCAGUGUCAGUUGUACGAUGCGGAUUUUAGUCAGUACCAAGACGCAGCGGACGCUUGCGCUGGCAUCCGAGACGCACGUGCUGCUGUUUCGAUAUAUCCCCGCGACCGGCAAGUGUGCAAUUGAGCUGGUCCCCAAGGAUCAGUUCCACCACAGGAGUUUCCGCUCUCUCUCCAGACACAAGCCUCUCGGGUUUCUGGGGCUCAUAGAAAUGAACGGUAAUGUGUUUCUGGCCGUCAUCACAGGAAAAGUUGACGUUGCCUCCCCGACAGACGGAGAGGUUAUCAACAAAAUCAUGGACGUCGAGUUCCACUGUCUGACAAGAGACACCUGGGACUUUCUCGAGCUCAACGCCAACGGGUUCCCUGUUGAGGCCGACAGCGAGUCGCAGCCUGGCGGAUACCCCUCCAAAUACGAGCAGCAUCCAUGCUACGAGCUGCGCAAGCUGCUCACCGACGGCUCGUUCUUCUACAGCACCGACUUCGAUCUGACAAGCACCUUGCAAACCAGAGGCGUGAACGCAUCCCACUCGCUGUCAAUGGACAGGUACCAUCUUGACUACAUGUGGAAUGCGUUUAUGAUGGAAGAGGUGAUCAAGUUCCGCAACAACCUGGACGAGGCCCCGAAACGCGUUCUGGACGAAAACAGGUAUCUUACAACGGUGAUCCGCGGGUUUGCCGAGACGCUGCGUGCGAGCGUUGGCGGUCGCCGUGCACGGCUGACAAUCAUCUCGAAGCAGUCCUGGAAGCGGGCAGGAACACGGUUCAAUGUUCGAGGCGUCGACGACGACGGAAACGUGGCCAAUUUCGUCGAGACCGAGCUGAUCUACAACGACGAGAGCCACGUGUUUGCGUACACACAGAUCCGCGGCUCGAUCCCGGUGUUUUGGGAGCAGGAUACGGCGCUAAUCUCGCCCAAGGUGCAAGUCACAAGAAGCUUCGAGGCGACACAGCCAGUGUUUGAAAAACACUUUGAGAACCUCAACGGCAAGUAUGGUCCCGUCCACAUCGUCAACCUGCUCUCGUCGACAAAAUCGUCCGAGGUGGAGCUCAACAGAGAGUACAAGCGUCACUUCAAAGCACUGAGCAAGAACAAGCCGGACUCUGUUUACUUCACAAAUUUUGACUUCCACCAGGAAACGGCCAAAACGUAUGCCCAUGCUACCAAAAUUCUGUCUGAUCUCCAGUUGGCGCUGGACAAAUUCGGCUUUUACUGCUACAACAAGGCGACAGGAGAGGUGCUUCUGGAGCAAGACGGGGUGUUUAGAGUCAACUGUCUCGACUGUCUAGACCGCACCAACGUUGUCCAGCAGGUUAUUUCCAUGGCUGCCCUGGAGGAGUUUGUCAAAGCAUUCCGCAAAGGCGACAUUUACGACCUCAAUCUGAAACACAGCACGCUUUGGGCAGACCACGGUGACCAGAUAUCCCAGAUCUACACCGGCACAAACGCGCUCAAGUCAAGUUUUUCUCGGUCGGGCAAGAUGGGCCUUGCCGGCGCGCUUUCGGACGCCACCAAGAGCAUCAGCAGAAUCUACAUAAACAACUUUGUCGACAAGGGCAGGCAGGCCGUGACGGACACGUUGCUGGGCAAAAACUCAGGCCAGAUCCCAGUGCUGAUUUUCGACCCCAUUACUGACUACGUGAACGAGGAGUGCAAAAGAUACGAAAGCAGAUUUGUCUCGCACGAGGAUAUCACAAUAUACGUCGGAUCAUACAAUCUGGCAGGAAAUACGAUUGCAGGCGAUCUCACGUCGUGGUUGUUUCCAAGCCAGGUUGGAGGCCGCUCUUUUUCGCCAGAUAUAGUGAUCGUUGGCUUCCAGGAGGUGGUCGAGCUGAACGCGUCGAAUAUCCUCAAAAACGAUUCCUCGCCUUCUCAGUACUGGCAGACGGCCAUUGAACGCCAGCUGAAUGAUGGCGGGUCCAGCAAGUACGUCAUGCUGCGGGCAGAGUACAUGUCGUCUGUUCUCCUGUUACUGUACGUGAAGGCGGACGCUGUUUCGAAAAUUACACAGGUGGAAGGGAAAUCCAAGAAAACCGGCCUUGGAGGCAUGACGGCCAACAAGGGCUCGGCAGCCAUCCGUUUCAACUACGGUUCCACCUCGUUCUGUUUCUUCAACUCCCAUCUUGCGGCAGGAACCACCAAUAUUGAUGAAAGGUACAACGAUUUCAUCACCACCUGGAAUGCGAUCCGGUUCUCGCGAAAUCGCCAGAUCAAGCACCACGACAACAUCAUCUGGCUCGGAGAUCUGAACUACCGGAUAUCUAAGGCCAACGACGACGUUAGAGCGUUACUGUCAUCCAACAACCUCGAAACUCUGCUCGAGUACGACCAGCUCAGAAUCGAGCUCAAACGGCGCGCAGAAAUGAAAGGGUUCAAGGAGAUGCCCAUCAAGUUCAUCCCCACGUACAAGUUCGACAAAGGAACGACCAACUACGACACCAGCGAGAAACAGCGUGUUCCGUCAUGGACCGAUAGAAUUCUCUAUAAAGGCACCUCGAUCUCGCAGCUUGACUACGACGCGGUCGUCGACCUCGUUUUCUCAGACCACAAGCCAAUCUACGGUGUCUUCAGCUCAAGGGUGAAACUCGUAGACCAAAAGACCAAGUCGGAGAUCCUCAACAAGCUGUACAUCCAGUACAGGUCUUCGGCAGUCAAGUCCGACCCGUUGAUGGAUUUGAACGAGUCGGACGACGACGUGGACGAAGCCGAGUCGAAAUCGUUCGCCUCGUCCAAUUGGUCGACAGCUUCGGCUCCGACGCUGGUCGAUCUUUCUGGAGACUCACCCAGCACCGCUCCUAGGUUGCCAAGACGCUCGCCACCUCAAUCACAGGAAAACCCUCUGACUACUCCGCAGAGACGCCGUGUGCCGCCUCCGUUUGACGCAAGCGAGUCCACGGCUAUGUUGGUCCCGGGUCUGUCCUCUUCGUUGCACAGCACAGUGAGGCCCAAGCCGUCGUCCGCAGACACCGAACACAGGUACUCACUGGAGGCAAUGAGACCAACACGCUCGGCCACGAGCUCUCCAGGCCCCGUUGGCUCCUCUGCGCCGCCUCCACCUCCUCCGCGGAAAGUGCACACAUCAGAGCAGUCGGCAGCGCUACCGCGGCCGGAAAAAGUCACACCCAUUGUGCCUAGCAAACCAAAAAGCCUGAAAGGUGCCUCCGCAGACUCGCUCACUGAAAAAUGGGCUCCUAUGCAACCAAAUAGAAAAGUUUAA